AUGAAUGAGUUGUCUCAUGAUAAAGCCUCGGCAACUCCGAGCGCAAAUCGAGGAAUAGGCCUCAAUCUCGUCAAGGCUUUCACGGCGAAGUCCUGGAACGUCACGGGUUCUAUCCGCCCCCAAUCGAGGGAUGAUGUCUCCAUUGGUGAUCUCCAAGUGACAGGUGCGAGCAUCAUCGAAAUCGACCUUCUUGACGAAAGUACCAUCGAGAAGGCGGCCAAAGAGUACGGGGAUAGGCCUCUUGAUCUUCUGAUUAACUUGGGAGGUACCCAUGGCAAAAAUCAAACGGGCGAGAUGUUCACUGAGAAGUUUCAGACUAUGGCAGUCGGGCCAUUUCUGACUUGCAAACACUUCCUUCCCAAUCUCGAGAAGAGUGCCGAGCCGAAGGUAGUGAACAUCACUUCAGCCUUCGGAUCUGUCUCAGACAACUCCUUCGGCACAUGCAUGGCGUAUAGGGCGGCAAAGGCCGCGGCGAAUCAGAUCACGGUCACUUUCGCUCGAGAGUGGGAGAAGGAAGGUCGCAACAUCACCGUGAUCGCAAUGGAGCCUGGCUUUGUUGCCACACGUCUGACUGGCUGGGACUACGUGGAUGACAUGGAUACUUGCAUCAAAGGAAUCGUCAAGGUGAUUAUAGGCUUGAAGCACGAGGACAACGCACGGUUCUUGAGAUGGGACGGGACCAGCAUCCCAUACUGA